AUGCGUGCGUUAAGGAAAAGUUUCGUAAUUCUGAAUGCGUUUACGUUGUUCGCGAUUAUGUGCGUCUAUACUGUGGAAGGUAAAGUUUGCCACACAACAGAUGUGCGGAACAGCGUGAGGAACCUAAACAAACUUCGGGGGUGCAACGUUAUCGCGGGAAAUUUAAAAAUCGUUCUCCUUGAACGGACUAGUAGUCCCUCGGACUUUGACGAUUACGUUUUCCCCGAACUAACGAAAAUUACCGGUUACUUGUUGUUUUUCAGAGUGAAAUAUUUGUCUUCCAUCGGCAAGCUGUUUCCUAAUUUAAGGGUAAUCCGGGGUGUUGAACUCAUAGCCAAUUAUGCUUUUAUUGCUUUCGAGAUGCCCCAUUUGAAAGAGAUCGGUUUAACCAAACUGAUGUACAUGGCGCGAGGAUUCGUUAGAGUUUCGAAUUCGCCCCUGCUGUGCUUCGCAGACACAAUAGACUGGAGAGCGAUAGGUCCGUUGAUGCACUAUAUAAAUUUGAAUAAAAAGGACUGUCCGCCCUGCCCGGCGCGUUGCGAAGGGCACUGCUGGAAUUUGGACCAGUGCCAAGAAGUUCCAAACCAAAACUGCCAUAUAGAAUGUUUAGGUUGCUCGAAGGAAAACUCUUCUAGACACUGCCACACUUGCAAAAAUUUCAACGAUCAUGGCACCUGCGUAGAUAAAUGUCCGCCACAUACAUAUACCAACUGGAUAUCGUUCGAUUGCCUUACCGAAGAAGAAUGUUUCAAUUUCAAAAAGAACGCCUACUGGACAUUCGGCGAUACGUGCGUCAACGAUUGUCCGCCGCGGUACGAAUCCAUCAUGGUGGAUGGCAAGAAAAGUUGUCGUUUGUGCGACAGUUCCUGCGUGAGGUACUGCAAAGUUUCCAACGCCAUAGAGACGCUGAACGAACUGCAAAAAUUUAAAGGUUGCACACAUAUCAACGGAUCUCUCGUUUUAAAGUUGGCGGCGGUUGGGGGGCACAGCGAACAGAUUCUCGAGGAGCUAAAAGCAAGUUUGGGAUUGGUUCGAUACGUCAGGGAUUACCUGAUAAUCGGAAGGAUGAAUAGCAUGAAAGAUUUGAGAUUCCUCGAGAAUCUGACUACAAUUGAAGGGCAAAAUUUGACCAACAACAGGGCGUUGUUCAUUUAUGAAAAUCAAAAUCUGCAAAAGUUGUGGGAUUUCGAUGCGAAGAAUUUUUCUUUGAAUAUUUUGAACGGAACUAUAGCAUUCCACAACAACCCUUAUCUAUGUAUCAGCGAAAUCCAAAGACUGAAAAAGAUGACUAACGUAACAUACACGUCCAUGGACGUUUCGUUUUACUCCAAUGGCGAUAAAGCCUUUAACUGUGGUGAGGAAAAGGACAGCGAUAUGGUAAUAGAUCUGAUAAAAAUGGGUGUCAAGAACGUCACCUUGACUUGGAAGAGGAGGAAAACCGACAACGUAUUAUACUACAACGUUUAUUAUAUUGCGCGCAGUAUCGAAGAUAUAGCAGAGCUGGACCUUGAUCCGGACGGCUGUACGGAAGACGAUUGGGACAGCGUUACCACUACAGAAGUAACGGCCACUCUGCCGAGACUCAGACCCUUCACGUCGUACGUGUACUACAUCAAAACUUAUUUAGUGUCCAAACCGGGACAGGCAGUUAUCAAUUUUGAAAAUAGCAAGCUCAAAAAUUUUACAACCUUACCCGAUGAUCCAGACGAGCCUUUGUUUUUUGAAGUUGUACCGAUUAGUUACCAUUCGGUGAAUUUAACGUGGGAUCAUCCAAGAGUAACAAAUGGUAUACUGGAACGCUACAACAUUAGUGUCAACCUCAUGGCGCAUAAUAAAAUUGAACGAGACUACUGCAGGCAUCCCAUGACGCCGGAAGGCGAGAAAACGGACAAAGACGAUUUUAUGGAAGAGGACGAAGAAACGGAAGAAGUAGUUCCGUCUAAAUUAGACGAAUGUCAAAGCGAACGCAAACCGCAAUCCGAAGAAAUCGAUUUCGUGCUAUUAAUUCAUAAACACUUGCAUCUCUGCGACAAAAACUCUCAGUCCAAAUACGGCUACGAUCAGUGCAAUAGAUACGUUUACGACACCGGCAUGGGAAAACGCGCUGACGGAAGCAGCACCUAUCCGCAGGCGCGGAAAUCACUCUACGCUUUUCCAGACAAUCCGACGCUCCAAAUAGACUACAUAACGGCCAACUCUACGUAUCACGUAUUAGAGAACUUGCAGCAUUUCAGUGAUUAUUUAUUUUAUAUGCGGGUGUGCAAUAAGAAAGUGGACGAACGCGAUUUGUGCAGUCCGAUAUUAUCCGAUUUCGUACGAACGUAUCCGAAACCGGGAGCCGACGAUAUACCUCACGUCGAUGUUAGCGUCACCCUCGACGGCGACAACGAGGGUACAAACAAUGUAACCGUAAGUUGGCAAGAACCAAGGAAUCCCAAUUCGGCCAUAAUUUCGUAUUAUAUUCAGUAUUAUCGUGAAUCGGAACAUUCCCAGCCAGAAUCGAUUUGCGUAUCUAGGGAGACGUAUCUGAAAGAACGGAAACACGUCAUACGGAAUUUAAUACCCGGUCAACGUUAUUAUUUAAAAUUGCACGCAGUAUCUUGGGCGGGACCGGGAAACUAUACCAAAGAAUACAAAUUCGAUAUCAGACGUCCCGGGACGAAUCCUUUCUGGACUAUAUUCGUUGUUACUUUGUUCCUGUUACUAGCGAUCGUUUUCGUAUUGUUGUAUCUUCGUUAUAAGAAGAAAUAUAAGCUCAGCGAUGUUCAUUUGAUAGCGAGCGUGAAUCCCGAUUACGCGGGCGGUGCCGUCUACAUAGAGGACCAAUGGGAAAUGGAGCGGAGCGAUAUCGACAUACAGAAGCUGAUGGGAAAAGGUAGUUUUGGCAUCGUGUACUACGGGAAAAUUAUAUCGAAAGAGAUACCUUGCGCCGUGAAGACUGUCCACGAGAACGCUUCUGUACAGGACAAGGCUGAUUUAUUUACAGAAGUUUCCAUUAUGAAGUCCUUCAGUGGCGCUCACCAUGUCGUCAAGCUUCUAGGUGUGGUAUCCCGAGGACACCCGCCACUGGUGAUUAUGGAAAUGAUGGAACGUGGUGAUUUAAAAGAGUACCUGAGAACUUUUCGUGAUUCUUCGCAAGAUCUUACGGUCAACGAAAUCUACCGCAUGGCAAUCGAGAUAGCCGACGGUAUGGGUUAUUUAUCUGCGAAAAAGUUCGUGCAUCGUGAUCUAGCCGCGAGAAACAUUAUGGUGGCCGGUGAUCGUACAGUGAAAAUAGGAGAUUUCGGGAUGACGAGAGACAUUUACGAGACUGAUUAUUAUAGGAAAGGUACUAGCGGAAGAUUGCCGGUGAGAUGGAUGGCACCGGAAAGUUUGGCCGACGGGGUGUUUACGUCCGAUUCGGACGUCUGGAGCUACGGCAUCGUGCUGUGGGAGAUCGCCACUCUUGCCGAACAACCGUAUCAAGGUUACUCGAAUGAGCAGGUUCUGCAGUUAGUCGUGAAAAAGGGAUGCUUGCGCCGUCCACCCCAGUGUCCAGACAUGCUUUACGAAAUCAUGUACAGAUGCUGGGAGUGGAAGCCCUACGAACGACCCACAUUUUUCGACAUCGUCGAAAGAUUGGAGAAACACGUGGGUUUGGAUUUUAAAUUCGUCUCGUUUUAUCACAGCAGGGAGGGCGAAGAGUACAGAAUAACAGCAGGACGGGAAAGGGUACACAACGCCCCUGCUCUUCUGAGUGGAAUGGUUUCUGAUGGUGAUCCCGAUUUGUCAUCAUCGGACGACGAAGAUCCGGAACGAAAGCUCUCCGAUAGUCCGCAACAGGGCUACGGAAUAUCACCAGGCAGCCCCCGUCCCGCCCGCUUUUUAACGGUAACCAGUCAAAGAAAAAGCAGAAUGUCCGGUAACUUUUACUGAUGCCAGUGCAAAACUAGACGUUAAGUAGACGCCGGGUUAUUUUUUUAUGUAAAGCAAUAUAUACCGCUAUUUUUAUACCAAUCGAAAAUGUGAGUACCUACAGAGAACAGUAGAGUACAACGUGUUGCAUAAUUUGUAUGUCCUGUUUUGUUAACGCUGCUGAUUAGGAGAUUUUAACAUUAAUUAAGACAUUAGAAUUAUAUCUAAAUUAUAUUGGCGAAUUAUUGCUGCGGCGUGUUUCCUUAGAGUUUGGAGCAAAGCAAGCAUUUCAGCUUAUUCCAGGGCAUAAAUGAUAUGUUUAACGUUUAUAUCGCGUCAAGUCUUUGCUUAACAUGAGGAUGUUUUUCAAUUGAAUCUCCAGUGUAUUUAGUUUAAAAUUGUGCGAAAUCAAACUUAUAUUUGAUAUUAUGACAUUAGUCCUAAAUACUCCCUUUCAUACUCAAUCACCCAAUGUAGGGUUGUUAUGGUCUAUACUGAGUGGAUCUACGGCCAUUUUUUCGUCAAAAAUAUUUAAUACCCCAUAUUUUUCACCCCGUUUCAGUCAGUGUAAUUUUAUUAUGCCAACAAUUUUGUAAAGUGGUACAGUCAUUUAUCUUAUACUCGUCUAUUCGUUUAUACCGGGUGAAUCAAAAUGAAAAAUAUUAAUUUUCGUGAGACCCUGUAUAUUAUACUUCGAUUUUUUUUUAAGGUUCAUCUUUACUCAUUACCCAAAAUUCUCCAUUUUCCGCAACCGCAAAAGACCUUUUGUGUAAUUUAAAGCGACAGAUAUCAUUCGUCUUAUAUAAAGUAAUUUUCGUCAUUUGGUGGCUAGUUAAUGACGUCAUUUUGACCACCCUCUGCUACCGUCGUAAUCUCGGACGAGAAUAACGCAGAAUUAAGAAUUGUAUGACAGCAUUAUGUAGAUACCUAUGUGUUUACUUUAGGUUAUUUUAUGUAAUUUCUUUACUCCAUACUUUAAGGAAACAUAUGACAGCAUGUAACAGCAAACAGGGACGGAACUAGUACAAAAUGUUAAAUAUGAAAUUAAUAUAUAUUGCGAAAAAUAUGUUCCACUUAAGAUUGAGAGCUUUUACCAAAUAAUUUUCGUCAAAACUGAGCCCAUAUUAUUUAUAUAACUAGCGUAUGUUUUGUACCUAUGGGUAUUUCUUAUAUUUUUAAGCCCGAAAGUGUGGUUUGUAAUGCAAACUACAAUUACUACAAUAAUUUUUAUUCUGCCGCCUCUCGGCACCAACUAGCUAACAAAAAAAAUUCGGGUGAUUUCCUUACAAGAUUAUUUGGGAAUAUGCCCAAAAGUAUAUUACCCCAGUGCAAUGGCUUCUAGCGGACAGCUUCAGCUCGAAAAUAGUGUUCUACGACUCUUUGUGCAAGAUCCUAGCGUUUGGAUUUUUCUAUAAUAUGCUAAUGUGUUUUUUUUUACUGUAAUACUAUACAGGGUGUGUGAAAAUACUCCGUUAGGAACACAAACCUGAAAACUGCCCUACUUUUCUACUUUUAGUAUUUUUCCAAGGUAUUUUACUUAGCAUGGCAUGGUGAUCCUAGCUGUUCUUAAUUUAAUUACAAAUUUAGGGUUAGACAAUUGGGCCACUUUGAAUGACUUGUGAUAUAAAUUUCCAAAAAUGAAUAUCGUAAUAUCAUGUUGACUGUAACUUAUAGAAUAAAUAAGAGCUGAAUGUAGUUUUUGUUGUUGCGUAGGUAACGGUUGGUAACCUACAGCAAAUAUGUUUUUUGGUAGUCUAGCACGGUGUAUACAAUAUGUUUUUUUCCUAAAUUAAUUUAAUGAAUCUGUAAUGUAUAUAUUAUGCGUUAGAGUUAGAGACUGUGAACUGAAUAUUACCUCCGAUCUACCUUCAAUUAUUGAUAAGUAAAUUUUUUAUAUUUUUUUAUGAAUGACUCGUUUUUUAUUUUUGUUUGUACAUUAUGUUUGUUAAAGUUUUCCAUGCCGAAUAAAAUCUGGGAA